GGCACGCGUGCUCGCGGUUGGCGAACCUGCGGGGAGAUGGUGUGCCCGCCAAGACCGCCAUGGAGUGCCCCUUGCUCGUCGUGGCCGUGCUGGCCGUGCUGGCGGUGGCGAGGGAGGCCGGGGCCUACUACGAACAGCAGGAGGAGAUCCGCAUCGGUGGGCUGUUCCUGACGACGGAGGAGGACUGCGUGAGCGCGUUCUACGCGGCCAUCGACGCCGUCAACGAGGACAAGGACGUCCUGCCGGAUCACCGCCUGGUCGGCGUGGACGUCGCGGUGCCCGAGUUCGAUGCCCUCGAGGCGCACAAGCGUGUGUGCGAGCUGCUGGCGGGGGGCGUGGCCGCGGUGCUGGGUCCGUCCAGCGGCGUCCCCGCCACGCACAAGGCCGUCCAAUUGCGUGCUUUUGCCUGA